GUUGGAAAAUUAGCUCUCGCCAUGGCUUCUGAUUCGCUUUUUCUUCUCUUUUUUCUUUCCAUCAUAACCCUCUCUCAAGCGAGUGUAAACAUAGACUGCGGAACGUCAUUAUCGGGCAUAGACGACAACAGCAUAAAAUGGGUCGGGGACAAAGACUUCAUCGAAUCCGGAGAGUCAGCCACAGUUUCCUCCACGACCGUCGAGAAAUCCCUCACCACACUUCGAUACUUCCCCACCGGCGAAUCCAACUGCUAUAACAUUCCGGUAACAAAAGGCGGAAAAGUCUUAUUGCGAACGAUGUUUUACUAUGGGAACUACGACGGGAAGUUUUCACCCCCAACUUUUAGCGUAGUGUUCGAAGGGAAACACCGGCGUACAAUAUCGAUACCAUCGGCAUUACCUUACACUUUGGAGCUGAUAUUUUCCCCGGCCAGCGGAGAGACAACCGUUUGUUUUGUGCGUACCUCUUCGUCAUCAAACCCAUUUGUAUCCUCCAUUGAAGCUGCUGACUUGGCCGAUGGCAUGUAUGACGAGCUUGGUUCUGGUGAAGGUUUAUUUUACCAACAACGAGUUGCGUAUGGCACAACCGAAGUUCUAAGAUCGGAUCUUUACGGUAGGUUCUGGCUUCCUUCCGAGAUAAACAUAUUGUUGACAGGAUUACCAUCCGCAGCUGCAUCUAUCGAUACCUCUGAUGCAUCAAACAAGCCGCCUGAGUCCAUCCUCCGUAACUCUUGGAGCGGGGAAAGCUUAAAACUAGUCGACGCCACUCUUCCUACGGAAGGAGUUCCUGUUUAUUUGGCUAUGUAUUUCUCGGAGCCUAUCCAGAUGAGUGUACGAUCAUUCAACAUUUUAUUUGGCAGUACGAAAGUUGGUACGGGUCCAGUUGUGCCAGUGUAUGGAAAAGCUACCCAAGUGGUAGUGAGAGACGUGGUGGCCAGCUCGAGCUCCCAGCUAGUGUUCCAGUCCACACCUAGUGCGCUUUGGCCGCCCAUGAUAAAUGCGUUGGAGCUUUAUGUGAUAAGUUCUGGUACAAGUGGAGACGGAAGCGGAAGCGGAAAUGGAAGUGCAAGCGGAUCAGGAACAGGUGGUGGUGGUGGUGGUGGUGGAGGAGGUGGUGGAUCUGGGAGCGGCGGACCUGGAGGCUCUGGUGGAACUGGAAAAGGAGAAACCGGAGGAAGCAACGAAGGGAGCUCAGGUGGGUCAACAAAUGAGGAAAAGAAAAGUAAACUGCCAAUCAUAGUCGGUGUGGUAUCUGCGGUAGCAUUGGUCAUUAUCGCAUAUGCUAUUGUUGCUAUUGUCUUGGUGAAUCGUCGCAAAGCAAGGCUGCAAGGACUGACAUUGCCAACAUCAACAGCUGCUCAAACGGGGACUGGAGCAUCCCCUCUAUUUGGACAACAGACGGGGAACGAAGCGAACCAGUCUACAAAUGAGGCAGACAUGGGAGAUAUAGACGACCUGAUUGGAGUGAACGACUCGUAUGUAACACAACAUUGAAUAUCAUAUGAUUAUGAUGUAAGUGGUUUUUACCUUCAAUUGUAUGUCUUUCCAAUGACUUUCAUUUUCCUUCUAAAUUUGGAGAUUUCUUUUUGUUAUUUAUGGUCUUCAUGUCGUACGUGUCGCUAAUCACCCUUUUUUUUUUUAAGUCGUUA